AUGGCUCGUCAAUUCUUCGUUGGAGGUAACUUCAAAGCAAACGGUACAAAGCAAUCCGUCACACAAAUCAUUGACAACUUGAACUCACAAGAGUUGCCAAAGGACGUCGAAGUUGUCAUUGCCCCACCUGCAUUGUACCUUAGUCUUGCUGUUGAAUUGAACAAACAACCAACCGUUCAAGUUGGUGCACAAAAUGUCUUCAACAAGCCAUGUGGUGCAUUCACUGGUGAGACUUGUGCUGAACAAGUUAUUGAUGUUGGUGCCAAGUGGACAUUGACUGGUCACUCUGAAAGAAGAACCAUCAUCAAAGAAAGCGAUGAAUUCAUUGCAGAAAAGACCAAAUACGCUUUGGACAAUGGCUUAAGCGUCAUUUUGUGUAUUGGUGAAACUUUGGAAGAGAGAAAAGGUGGUGUUACUUUAGAAGUCUGUGCUAGGCAAUUGGAUGCUGUUUCCAAGAUCAUCAAGGACUGGAAAAACAUUGUUGUUGCUUACGAACCAGUUUGGGCUAUUGGUACUGGUUUGGCUGCUACUCCAGAUGAUGCUGAAGAAACCCACAAGGGUAUCAGAGAGCACUUGGCAAAGACUAUUGGUCAAGACCAAGCUGAAGCUACUAGAAUCUUGUACGGUGGUUCUGUUAACGGUAAGAAUGCUCCAGAAUUUAAAGACAAGAAAAACAUUGACGGAUUCUUGGUUGGUGGUGCAUCAUUGAAACCAGAGUUUGUUAACAUUAUCAAAUCCAGAUUAUGA